GAUAUUAGAGCUGUAGUUUAAUUUUUUGUAAACAUAGUCUUAAUAUUAAAGAAAAAAAUGAAGGAAUUUUAGUAAUUAACAUAUACACGUAUAUUUAAUGAACUAAAUUACUUGAAGUAGAAUUAUUUCCUCUGUUGAUUAUAUAAUCAACUCUCUUAUGACAAAUUUUGUAGAUAUUCAGCAAUAAAAAUGACAUUAGAACAGACAAAAAGUUCUCUUCGUCAACAUCUCGAAAGUUGGCUCAAUAAAAAUAUGAAAAUAGAAAUGACGGACGGAAGAAUUUUAAUCGGCAUAUUUUUAUGUACCGAUCGUGACAGAAACGUCAUUUUGGGUUCUUGUUCGGAAUAUUUAAAACCUGAAGACGACGGGAUAGUCGAGGAACCGAGAGUUCUGGGUCUAGCAAUGGUACCGGGCCAUCACAUCGUAUCUAUUCGGAUAGACGAAAAUUUAAAUAGCGCCACGCAACAGAAUGCGAUGAUGCCCUUAUCGAAUAAUAAAAACGAUCAAUGAUGAGUUAUCAAAUAUUUAUUUUAUAUCAAAAUAGAU